AUGGAUGUGAUCGACCCUUCGUUGUCCUCCCAGCCCGCGCAAAUGGAAUUCAUGCAGGCGGGCAUGCACGCGGUCAGUCCCAAGGACCAGGUGCCGUCGCAGUCGGCCGAAUCCGUCGCCAAGGAUCGUCGCCAUCAGAAGCAUCGUCGCCAGGUCCUAGGCUCGCGCCACGGCACGCCCGCGCCCAUCCGCCCGUCCGUGCUCGAGUCGCGAGCGUCUGGCCCUCCAGCGAUCACUGUUGACCCCGCUUUAGUCACACUCGCGACAGAAGGCGGCCAGGAAGCUGAAGCGGCGUCGAAUUCUUGGGACGGCUUCUCGUUUCCCGCCACGCCGAGCACCUGCGACGGCGAUCUUUCGCCCACUUUUUCGCCCAGGGUUUUCUCCCCUGGUGGAUGCAUUUCGCCUCAUGGCUCUUCGCCAGCGUUUUCGCCAAGGAUCUCAUCGCCGCGGUUACCAUCUGGCGCAGCUGCGCAGGGAGCCGCUCCCGGCAAUGGGCGCGCGAUGGAGAACCAACGGCGCGCGUUUUCUGGGUGUCGACGUGCCGCCGUGCCGCCGACUCGCCUGAAGCGCGACGCCGCGCUCGUUGGCUCUCCACGCGGCGACGCGUCAACUUCCCGCAAGUCGCAAGAUUCGCCGAAUCUCAUCGCGCCGAGCGUUCCGAGCGCGAGUCGUCCGUCAGCGACGCACCGCGAUUCUUCGCACCUCGAGCGGGCGGCAUUCCAAGGUACCCCUGCGGCAAGUGCUGUCCAUUCCGGCGGUCUCGCCGGUGCUCCCGCCAGCCGUGGCCCGCUCGCUCGCGUUCGCCCUGCCGCCUCAACUGCAGCAGGGGGAGCCCAAGGCGUGCAGAUGCGCGGGCCACGCCCGCCGUCGCUCAUCCUGCCCUCCCAGUGCGCCCCCCACACCUGCCGUGGCACCGCCGCCACCCAUGCUGCCGUCAGGGCCGCGCAGGCAGUCAAUGACCUUUCUGCCGCAGCUGCUGUUUCGCCCGCCGCGUCUGCUGACUCCGCUGCUUCCUCGCCUUCCUCAUUCGCCUCCUCCCCACCCGCUCCUUCCGCUGCUGCCAGCCCGUCCGCCCUCCCGCUCGCCUCCACUCGCGCUGAAUCCCCGAGGUUGCUACACCCGCGCUCUCCGCGUGCCGCCCCUUCCCCUCCUCCCUCCGCCUCCGCAUCUCCGCGCCUGCUCCAGGCGUCCCGUCCGCGCGCGCCCAGCGCGCACUCGUCUCCGCGCCCCUGCAUUCCCGAGCUCAUUGCGCAGUACGCCUCCCACGACCAAGCGGACCUUCUCCGCGCGGCCAGCUUCCACCAUCCGCCCACCCGCCGCCGCGAGUCUGAUGCGCCAAUGGCGCAGGAGGCGGCCGACCUUGCCCGCGCGCGCAGCUUCCACCGCCCGCCCUCGCAACUGCAACCGAAGCUCUCCCCCUCCGCCGCCCACCAUACACGCUUGCCCUUCCCCCUCCUCCCCCUCACCUUCCCCCGCUCCCCCACCCAUCCCGCGCCCCGUAGCUGCCCGCCAGCACGCCUGCUCGCGGAGCAGCCGCUGCGGCAGUGGGGGAGAGGCGAGGGCGAGGGCAGGGGGCAGGAGGAGUGUGAGGUGAUGGGGUGGCGAGAGAAGUGGGUAUCGGAGACGAGCGGGGAGAGGGAGAUGAGGGAGGGUGAGGGGGAGGAAGAAGGGGAGGAAGAGUGGGGAACACAGAAAGUGGGGAGAGGGGAGCGGUUGCUGCAAGGACGAAAUGUGAUCAUGAGAAACAGGCAGCCGCAACGGCGGGCAUCAUUUGGCGGCCAAUCGGAUGCUGCCAUGCGUGUCCACGACGGAAUGCCUAUGGAAGAGGCAGACGUGCCCAUGUGGCGCCUGGUGGCUCGCGCCCUGGCGCCGCCCAGCCCCACACCGCACAGUCAGGCGCCGCCCAGCCCCACACCGCACAGUCAGGCGCCGCCCAGCCCCGCGUCUGCACAUUUGAAGUGCCACAGUGGUCCUGGGAGACCAGCAACAUCAUGCACUGCCGGGGAGCGGGUAGGAGAAUGUGUUGUGAGGGGGGAAGGAGGCGAUGUGGCAGGUGAGGUGUUGAUCGGCAGGACACAACCACCCGAACGCAUACAGGAUCAUGCUCGUAACAGUCACAGCCCGACCCCCUCUCCACGGUUUGGGUGUGCCACAGGGACGAGCUGUGUGGUGCUUCCUCCACCCGUGUGCAGGCCCACUGCACCACCCACACAUGCCCUCGCCCAGCCGUGGCAGCAGCAGCAGCAGCAGGAGGAGGGGGCGGAGGAGAAGGAAGCUUCUCCCACCUCCAUCGCUCCCCGCUUAACAGCCCUACAGCUGGCAGGUCUGGCACGGGGCGGCAGCGAAGAGAAGGCGUGUCCAUAA